AUGCGUGAAGGUCCUGGAAUCACAGACAACAAACGAUACGCUGAGCACUCUGACCUCGACGCAGCUUUCGAACCAUGCCACUCUUACAGUGAGCUUCAGGCCGAAGGCAGCCAAUACUGGUUCGUACAAGACGGAGAUUCAGUGUAUUUCGAGUCGUUCUUUCCGCAGCUAGACGCGAGCGAUCUGCGCGACCAGAACAUCAAGUCUCUAUCGAUAUACGAGGACGUCACCCCGACAUCCCAAAGACCGUGGUCACAGCACUCACGCCGCCAUCCAAGGAGGGUCGUCGGCGAAUCGCUGGGACCGAUAAGUCUCUUCCUCGAGAAGCUGUCCGCGUCGUACAUCAUCGAGGCGAACGACUUUUUCCGCAAGACGCAGUCCGACUGGGUCUGGGAGAACCUCACGUCCUUGACCCUGACAUCCGAGCUGCUGGCCGAGGACGCCUGCCAUCUCAGGGCCACAAACAUGCUCGCCAACGCCGCCGGCGCCGCGCUCCAGAUGCCCAGGCUGCAGAGGAUGGAGAUCUGGUACGGCGGGUUCCGCACGGCGGCCCUGUUCCGCUACGCCGUCUCAGAGUCCGGCACGUCAAUUCGGUGGCACGGGACGUGGGAGCUGCAGCUCCAGCGGCGGCUUGUCGACGCUUGGAGGGCGGUGGCAGCGUUGCACACGGCAAAUGGGCUUGUUGUGCGUGAGAGUCGUUUGCUUGACGGAAACGGCAUUGCCUCGCGUGAGGGGGCUAUUCAGGUGCUUGACCUGAGUGAGAAUGUGGUUCAUCCGGCAUCUUCUGGGGACAUCGGCAAAGGAACGGGGAAGUAUACCAAACCUGGUCAAUCUAUCUCGACAAAACAUGAAGAUAUUAUGAGUUGGAUCCAGGCUUCGGGGAUAGAGAGCUUGCAAUAA